AUGAGGGCCCUAUCCUGGAAUUGCCGCGGUCUUGCUAGACCGGCGGCAAUCCAAGCUCUCAAGGCUUGGGUAAAGAUGUUAAGGCUUGAUUGUUUGUUCUUGAUGGAGACUAAAAUAGGUGUUUCUCAAAUGGUUAACAUUUGUAGAGGGUUACAAUUUGAUUAUGGCAAGUAUAUCCCUUCUCGUGGUAUGGCGGGGGGUCUCUGUUUUUUAUGGAAUAAAGAUGCAGGCAUUGAGGUAACUGAGAUUCUAGAUUCCGGAUUCCUUUGUAAGGUGGAAGAUAAAGCGGUAAGGCAUGUGUGGAGUCUUUUAGCAGUUUAUGGCACGCCUUAUGAAGAGAAAAAAUCGGAUUUCUGGGAUUUUAUGACUUGUAAGAUUAAUUCCCAGUCGGGGCCUUGGGCUCUCAUAGGCGAUCUAAAUGUCAUUCUAAACAAUGAAGACAAAUCAGGUGGUAGUGCUUUUAUGCGUCGACAUGGCGCAAUUCUUCAGAAUUUCCUUUUUUCAACAGGAGGUGUCAAUUUGGGUUACAGUGGAUGUAGGUAUACAUGGCAGAACAAAAGGAGUAAUGGCCAUCUGGUCAAGGAGCGUCUUGACAGGGUAAUUGUGGACACGGAUUGGUUAACUGCUUGUCCUUCGGGGGGUGUUCGCAAUUUUCCUAUCACCUGUUCUGGCCAUAGUCCUAUUUUGCUCGAUUCCUGUGUGACUAAACCCAAAGGCUUUCGGCCUUUCAGAUUUUUCGAAGCUUGGUUUAAUGAUCCGUCUAGUUGGGAUGUGAUUAAAGAAGCUUGGAGUAGGGAUGUUUCCAGUGAAGAAUUAAGCUAUUUGGGGAAGAAGAUCAACAGAACUCAAAGUGCUCUCAGAUGGUGGAGUAAACAUGUUUAUGGAGAUUGUGAUAUGCGUAUAAAGAAUCUUGAAUUGGAGCUCCAAGCUCUUCAAUCCAAAGAAGCCCAUGAAGUUGAUUCAGUGGCCGAGGCUACAAUUUUAAAUAAUCUGGGAGAAUUGUGGAAACGCAAGGAAUCUCUGUGGAAACAAAGGUCUCGGGAAACUUGGUUGGCUAAGGGUGAUAGAAAUUCUUCGUUUUUCCAUGCCUCUACGGACGGUGGUUCGGAGAAAGAGGAACCAUAUAUGGAACCUUAA